AUGAUCGAUCCGGAUUUACCAGAGAUACCACUACCCUUGAAAAGUGUACAGCACUAUUUAAAGAUAGCUUCGAAUCAUGACCAACGAGAUCCCGUUGUUAGUCGAUUAUAUGCUCUUCAAACGGGAUUAAAGUUGUCGACCAAAACGCCAAAAGAAACAAACUUCUUGAUGAAAUUGAUGGAUUGGUUAGAAACAACUAAAAAGGAAUUGCACGACAACGAAGCUGUUACAAAUGAUAUAGCUGCUCAGGCUCAUUUGGAGAAUUGGGCGUUGAAGCUCUUUCUUUUUGCAGAUAAGAAUGACAGAGCUGGUAAUUUUGGGAAGAACGUAGUGCAAAGCUUUUUUACAGCCGGAUUACUUUACGACGUGUUGACCGUGUUUGGGGAACUCAACGAAGAGGCUACGCAAAAUAGGAAAUAUGCCAAAUGGAAGGCUGCGUACAUUCACAAUUGCAUAAAGAACAACGAAACGCCUAUUCCAGGACCCAUGCAAGAGGAUAACGAGGAUGCUGAUUUGAAUAAAAAUAUGGAAGAAGACGAGUCGGACGUUACUUCUAACCCAUCCGAUACGACGGUACACGGUGCAACGGUUAAACAAAAUAUCGACGAACGGUCUUUGGACGAUAAGGAUUCCAACAGCAUUCCAAAAACAGAAAGUAAAUUGAGGGAAAGUGGAGUUGAAUUGUCAGCGGAGGAAAUUGGCAAAGCACAGAAAUUUAUUAAAUGGGCUGGAAGUGCUUUAAAUUACGACGAUGUACCGACAGCUAUAUUGAAUCUUCGAAAGGCUUUGCAUCUUUUAACCACCGGUCAAGAACCAGAGUGA